AUGGGAGAAUCUUCAGAGAAGAUGAAAGACGAAGCCGUAAAGAUAAUCGAAUCAUUCCAAGUUUUACCGAAACUAGUUGUUUUCGAUCUCGAUUACACUCUCUGGCCAUUCUACUGCGAGUGUCGAUCCAAGCGCGAAACGCCUUCUCUCUAUCCUCACGCCAUCGGAAUCUUGUUCGCUCUCAAACACAAAGGACUCGAUAUUGCAAUCGCUUCUCGAUCGCCAACCGCAGAUAUUGCCAAGGCUUUUCUCAACAAAUUGGGAAUCACCUCAUUCUUUGUUGCUCAGGAAAUUUAUUCUAGUUGGAGUCAUAAAACGGAUCAUUUUCAGAGAAUUCAUUCGACUACUGGAAUUUCCUUUCGUGACAUGCUGUUUUUUGAUGAUGAGAAUAGGAACAUCCAAGCGGUCUCUAAAAUGGGAGUGACUAGCAUUUUGGUUGAUAAUGGAGUAAAUCUCGGGGCCCUGUCUCAAGGUCUUACACAGUUUUCACGAAACUGGAAUACAUCACAGAAGAACAAGCAGAAAUGGAUUUCCAACUAUUCUAAAAAGCCAGAUUCUUCCAACCCCGCCCCUUCAAAUUCAACGUCCAAGUGA